AUGACGGAGAGAGUCAGUAUCUUCAUUACACUGUUAUCUCUUGCUGCCUUGUACUGGGUGGUAUCCACAUGCCAUUCUUUAGUGGUUGGAGUUUUCAGCCUGUAUAUUUUCUUUUUUGAUGAGGCUGCUAUAGCUGAUCCACUUUGGGGUGAUCCAUCGCUUGGGAGUGUGAAUAUUGCUAUUACUUCAGGCUACCUCGUUUCUGAUUUGUUGCUUCUUGUUUUGUAUUGGAGAGCGAUUGGUGACAAACUUUUUGUAAUUCACCAUUGUACAGCGCUGUAUGCAUACCAUUUUGUACUGAAGGAUGGAGUACUGGUAUACAUUGGGAAUUUUCGUCUGAUAGCAGAGCUUUCCAGCCCAUUUGUGAAUCAGCGAUGGUUCUUUGAAACUCUGAAGUAUCCAAAGUUUUCCAAAGCUAACGUCAUCAAUGGAGUACUCAUGACAGUGGUGUUUUUCAUCGUACGGAUUGUUGUGAUACCUCCUUUUUAUCACUUCGUGUGUUCUGUGUAUGGAACGGAACCCUACGUCAGGCUUGGAUUGUUAAGGCAGUGUUCCUGGAUCGGUAGUUGUGUGGUUUUAGAUAUAAUGAAUGUAAUGUGGAUGAUCAAAAUUACAAGGGGGUGCAUCAAAGUCAUCUCUCUAAUCAGACAAGAGAAAGCCAGAAGUCAUCUUCAAAACGGAAAACUUGACUAAAA